UUAGACUGUAUUUCUUGAGAAGAUUGGUACUGUACCCCUAUGUACAUGCAUACUUACUUCACCGGCACUCGUAUUGCAUCAGCAUCCUACUUAUUUUUGAUAAAUAUUUAAAUAAAUUUGGUUUUAUUAAUAUAUUAGGGGAACCGAAGUAACAUUUGGCUAGCUAGUGUUUGUGACCUCGCGCUUAUAUGUAAUUAAUGCCCAGCUGAUCUUUUAGAUACGUUUCUAAAAGGCCUGUGUAGAAAGUUUUGGCUUCGUUAAUUCAGAAGCAUGCAGCCGAAUACUUGAAGUAUUUUUAAUUCAUUACGGUUUGUAAUCUUUGACUGCUUCCUUCCUGGUGUGUGUAUGGAUCUUGCUAUUCUUCCCUGCAACAGAGUAUAAACUUUCCGUUUUAAAGUAUUUGUAUUUUGUAAAAUGAGCGAAAGUCUGCGGAACCACGUCAAAGCAUUCUUCCAUCCUUACCUCUUGUCGCUUAAGACCCUGUAUUUCUUCCAGUUAGGCGCUCAAUCAUGUCUGGUUCCAUACGUUCCUCUUUACAUCAAACACCUGGGCUUGAAUGCAUCGGAGAACGGCAUUAUUUUCGGCAGUCUGCCGUUUGUGUCCAUGCUAGCGAAGCCGGUUACCGGCGCUCUGUCCGACAAAUUUAAGGCCCCGUAUGCAUUAGCCCGCAUAUUUUCCCUAAUGCAACUAGCUUUCUUUAUAUCCGUUUACUUUGUUCCGUCGAUGAACGUGCUGCACCCGAUUCACAACAUUACCUGUCACACGAGCAAUACAGCAUAUUAUGACAGCAGUAAUCUGGGUAAUUUUACCUGCAUUAACCUGAUUGACAACAGCACCUUCUCUGCCCAAGUUCCUACGGCUAACAUAUCCAGUUACGUUGCGGAUCAGUGUGACCUUAACUGCUCAUGGAUUCCUCCAUUGGAGACAACCGCCGACGGCAUCUCCAUCCGAUGGACGCUGCAGUUCUGGCUCAGUGGUCUCCUGCUGAUCUUCGCAUGGUAUGGUUAUGCGUCCGUGGUCACACUGGAUGAUUCCAUUGCCUUUGGUAUCGUCAAUUCAGCGCCAGUCCCUACGACGUACGGGGCCAAUCGAGUACUGGGUACCAUGGGCUGGGCCAUCGGGGCGUUGGCUGUGGGAUUCCUUCUCGACGAGUUUUCCGACACAUCGCCGCAAGAUCGCGAUUUUACGCCGGCGUUUAUUGCCUUCGCCGUGGCGGCCGUGCUGGGUGUGGCUUCGACGUUAUUCUUGCCUAAACAGAUACUGGUCGAGAAUGAAAAAUUGCUGCUUUCCGUGACGAAAAGCGUUUUCACCUUUGAGGUGCUGUUGUUUUGCGCAGGGACGUUUGUAGCCGGCAUAAAUUCGGGUCUGUUAUAUGGAUAUCUGGCCUGGUAUCAGUCGGAUCUGGGAGCAACCAAUCUGCUACUGGGUAUAACGGUGUUUGUCCAGUGCUGCUACGAAGCCCCAAUGAUGGCAGUGUCCGGUUGGAUAAUUAAGAAAAUUGGGUACCACGGAUGCAUGUUGCUUUGUCUGGUAUCGUUUGGCAUACGAUUUUUGGCGUAUGGAUUAAUUGUUGAUCCUUGGUUCGUCCUGCUAAUUGAUAUUGUGCACUCGGUGGGGUUUGGAUUAUCGUACGCCGCUAUGACGAAUUUUGCGUUUGCCAAAGCGCCAGUCGGAGGAACAGCCACGUUACAAGGGAUUCUUGGAUCCACUUACGAAGGGAUAGGACAAGGCAUCGGAGGAAUUGCUGCCGGACUGUUCUACCAGCAAUACGGAGCAAGAGCAACUUGGCUCGGCUACAGUGUUUUUUCGUUUACUGCUUCCAUUUUCUAUGCAAUUUUCAGCUUCAUACAUAGCAGAUCCGCUAAAAAAUCCGCCGAUUUGCAGACACUUGCAGUCAGCCUUCAGUCAAUGGAUUUCAACCAAAAACCGUAAAAUUAUUGCUCUCUUGAAUGAAGGACUUUUAUUUACUGUAUACUCGUAUAAAACAGCGUGGCAUUACCAUACUUUUACGUUUCCUACGACGAGGCGACAAGGUGAUAUUCAUUAUUAAAGAAU